GGCACCAUCACCAUCCCAAGUGGCGGAGUUUCGUUCCCCUGCUCCUCCUUCCUCGCGAGGGAUCCCCUCCUCUACGCCCCUGCUUCUGCCUCUCCUCCGCACCUCCAAUCCCCCUCACCCACUCCGGGAUCCAUCCAUUAGGUUUUUCGGAACAGAAGAGGAGGAAGAACCACACCUAGGGCUCCCCAAGCUGACGCCUCUUGGAAGCCUAGGGUUUCCGGUUCAAUUCCUCCUUCGCUCGAUCCCGUGCUGCCAUGGUGCUCAUCUCCGAGAUCACCGAAGAAGCCCCCAAGGCUGAAGGUGACGGGCCCCCCGAUCCCAAGGUGGAACAAUCGGACGAUGCAGAGCCUACCUUGGCCGCCGCUGAGACCACUGCCCAGGACACCAACCCCAUCGAGUUGGAGCAGACGCAACCGCAGCCCCCGACUCCGACCCAGGAGCCGCUCCCCAUGUCAGAGCAGCAGGAGCAGUCGCCCCUGCCCCAGGAUACGCCCCCUGAGCCGUCAGAGAGUAACCCUCCUUCUCCGCCUCCCCCCUCAUCGAGCUCCGCGCCGCCGGACGACUCCCAGCUCGCGGCUCCGGCCCCUCCUCUGUCCGCCCCUGUCAAAGUCCCCUAUAACGAGUAUGCCCUGCGCGUCGCCUACAUCAUGCGCAGCUACCUCCACAUGCGCCCCGGCAGUGCCACCGCCCACGCCCCUGCUGCCUCUGCUGCUGAUGGGGAGGACCGCUGCAGAGCGACGAUGGAGGUGACGCGGAGGGAGAACGGGCGGUGGGGGGUGUCAAAGAUAGAGCUGGAACAUACCCACCCGCUUGACCCACCGCCGGACCCCGCUGGGACUCUCGCCGCCGGCGGGCUUGUCCCGGUGGUGGGCAUGGAGUUUGACUCCAUCUCAGCUGCAAAGCAGUACUACAGUGCUUACAGUGAGAAGAUGGGGUUCCAGUCCAAGAUGGGCUCAGGGAAGCGGUCAAGGGGUACCCGGCUCUUGAUCAUGCAGAGGUUCUCAUGCUCUAAGGGGCACUUCCCCACCUACAAUAAUGCCGCUGAGAAUUCAACGAAGAAGAGGAAGCGUGGGACUUAUAAGAAAAGAACUGAAAAGGAAGCAGAAGAAGCCAAGAAAGAUGGCAAUGCGGUGGAAGUGAUUCAGCUUGAGAGCUCAACGGAUAAAGAAGGCAUGGCAGUUGAUGAGCAUAGAGGGGAGGUCCAAAGUGGUCGGCCCGAAACUUCAGAUGCAGGAAAGACUCCGUCUAGUUCUGUAAAUGAGAAAGGGAAAGGGAAGGAUGCUGGAAAGGUACCACUGGUAUCGAAUCCAGGACAAUCACGGUUGUUGAGAGAGCUUGGGAUAAGAGUGUCACGCUACACACAUGAGGAAAGGAGGAAUAUAAUACACAAGUACAUGCAAAAAAGGAGUGGUAGGCAAGCAGUGGACAGAUCCAUUAAGAUACCCUCCCGGCAAGCGCUCGCAGAAAGAAGGCAGCGAGGUGUUGGAGGGAAGUUUCUUAGUAGAGAAGAAACACAGACCAUGAAUAGACAGGAAGAAACAAUAGAAGAAGAGCCAGAGUUGCCUGCAGAAGUAGUUGCAAAUGCUGGAGGAGUGCCUAUUGUGGGUAUGGUGUUUGAAAAUGAGGAUAAGGCAUAUGAUUAUUACAUCAAGUAUGCUGGAAGUAUAGGUUUUAGUGUCCGUAAAGGCUGGUGGGAUAAAUCUGCCAGAAAUGUUACUAGAUCACGGGUUUAUGUAUGUUCUAGAGAGGGAUUUCGACCGAAGAAUGAGGCAAGGAGACCACGAGCAGAAACAAGAACUGGUUGCCCUGCUCGUAUGGCUAUAAAACUGACAUCCAGUGGUAAAUAUCGUAUAACAGAAUUUGUACCAGAUCAUAAUCAUCAGCUUGCAGCUCCCCUAGACAUGCAGAUGUUAAGUUCGAAAAAACUGUUAACUAAGGUCCAACCUGUAGGCCGUCAGAAUGCUAGUAUAAUACCUGCUGGAUAUAAGAAUUACCUCCGAGCAAAACGUUCUAGGGAUGUGCAGUUAGGUGAUACAGGAGCCUUGUUGGAAUACUUUCAGAGGAUGAAAGGUGAUAAUCCUUCAUUUUACUAUGCCAUCCAGGUUGAUGAAUAUGAUCAAAUGACUAAUGUCUUCUGGGCUGAUGCAAAAUCCAUGAUCGAUUAUCACUAUUUUGGUGAUGUUGUGUGUUUUGACACAUCCUAUAAAGUCAACGAUUAUGGCCGGCCAUUUGCUUUGUUUAUUGGUGUGAAUCAUCACAAACAAACCGUCAUAUUUGCUGCUGCAUUUCUCUAUGAUGAAACUGUAGAAUCUUAUAAAUGGCUGUUUGAGUCUUUUAAGACAGCAAUGUGCGGAAAACAACCAAAAACAAUUUUCACUGAUCGAUGCUCAGCUAUAAGUGAUGCAAUAGCUGCUGCAUGGCCGGGUACAGUUCAACGUCUUUGUAUAGAGCAAAUAUACCAAAAUGCCACUAAGCAACUAGCCAAUGUCUUUGAAAGCUUGGAAACCUUUGCUCAUGAUUUCAGCCAAUGUAUCUAUGACUUUGAGGAUGAAGAUGAGUUUCUUUUGGCGUGGAAUCUGAUGUUGGAGAAGUAUAAUCUUAAGGAUAACGAGUGGUUGACUAAACUGUAUGAAGAACGGGAAAAUUGGUCCUCUGCAUAUGGCCGGCAAACAUUUUCUGCUGAUAUAAAAAGUACAUUACGAGUGGAAAGCUUGAGUAGUUUGCUUAAGGAGCACCUGAACUUGGAAAAAGAUCUAAGACACUUUCUGGAUAUAUAUGAGAUGCUAUUGGAGGAACGAAGAUAUGCAGAGCUCCAAGCUGAUUAUAAUGCAAAUCAAGGUACUCCAAGAAUACCUCCUUUGCGGCUACUCUGGCAAGCUUCAAGUGCAUAUACGCCUGCUGUCUUUGAAAUUUUCAGAAGAGAGUUUGAAUUGUUCCUGGAUUGUAUGGUUUACAGCGGUGGUGAAGUUGGAAGCUUAUCUGAAUAUCAGGUCACUGUCAAGGAGAAAAGUAAAGUGCACUAUGUCAGAUUUGAUUCAUCGGAUGGUUCAGUCAUUUGUAGUUGUAGUAAGUUUGAAUUUGUUGGGAUUCAGUGCUGUCAUGUAUUAAAAGUACUAGACUUUAGAAAUAUUAAAGAACUUCCUCCACAAUUCAUCUUAAAGAGGUGGAGAAAAGAUGCUAAGGCUGGGAGCUUAAGUGAGAGUCAUGGUGUAACAUUGGACAGUGACCCCAAGUCAUCUGUAUCGAAGCGUUAUGGCUCUCUUUGUCGUGUCUUGUUCAAACUUGCAGCAAGGGCUGCUGAAAAUGAGGAAGCUUUCAGGUUAAUGGUCAACCAUUCUGAUCAGCUUCUUGAACAAGUAGAGCAGAUUUUGCAGUCAAAACUUCUUGAGAAGCCAUCUGUCAGUGGCACAUCAAAAGGUCAACCUCAUAAUCUGAUUGAUAGUGUAAACCCAGGCCAAGACAAUGGUAACGAAACUCAAAAGCCUAGUGGGAAAAAGAAGAACAACGGAGGUACACGUCGUAGGCAACAAAAUGAGGUGGAGGUUAACAAACGGCAAAAGGCAAGAAAAGGACCAUCCGAUGAGGCAGAAGUUGCAAUUAGAGACAGUGAAUCUCAUAUACCUCCAACCAGUAUGCCUUCUCAACCUGGGAAUCCGUCGAACCAAUUCCUUGCGCCUAAUCAAUUUAUGCAGGGUCCUUUUGUAACUUCUCAUCAGUUUGGACUUGGUGCUGUGCAAGGGUUUCAUCCCAUGACCCAAUUUGGUCAGGAUUCUUCAGCACAAACGUUGCCACCACAGCCAUUUCCCAGUAGCUCCCACUUCACCCAGGGUUUUCCGACACCAGACCUGCAAGCCCUACAGUUCAUCGGCAGCAAUGCCCAGCUCGACCACCAAAGCAGCGAUCAAGGUCAAUGUGCUAUUCCAGUCUGGGAUUUCUUGUGAGUUGCUAUGCCCUGUCGUUCGAUGACAACAUUAUGCAUGUAUCUACCUGUCGCUGUAUCUUUGUGAGUCUCCAGUCACCGUGUUCCAUUCCAAGAUUGACGACCUGUCACUGUUCCUGCUUCUUCGUGUUGUCAAUUUAGAAUCAGAAGCAGCAGUGUUGUUCUAAAAUUGUUGUGCGUUAACUCUAUAUCAGAUCAUCAAACUUUCCUAUGGUUAAUGAAUAAACCUACUCUCCUAUAC